CCGUUCUACCCGCAGCCGAAAACUCGCCUGCCGUCGAACGUCUAAUUCAGUUUGUUUUCAGACGACGUUUCGAAAAUUCGUUACUAAUUACAUUUUCUGAAACUGCCGUAUCUAUGUGACGGACUCGAAACGCGAUGCGCUUCUAUAGCCGAAACGCAUAAAAUAAUAGUUAUAUUUUAAAAAUAAUAUAAUUGGAUAAAAAACUACUGUACUCUGGCAUUUUGCGUUUCAUGGUUUAAUGACCUUAUCGAUAUCUAUUUUUCAUUUUAUAUAUAUUUUUUUUUUACAUGAUAACCGCCAUACACAAUUUGUUUUUUUGUUUUUAUUAAACUACUGUGGUGUGUGCGAGUGUGCGUCGAAUUUUGAGUCGCUAUCGCUCUAAUGUUCAGUACAAAAAUACUCAAAUUACAAGUUAAUUUUAUAAAAAUAAACUUAACGUUAUAAUUAAACAGAGUAUUUAGUACAUAUAAAUUUAUUAUUACAAUUUUUUCCUAUGCUUGUGUUUAUCUAAAAGAAAAAGGCCAAUCUAAUAACGCUUUCACAGACAUUCGUAUCAGUGCGUGCACACAAAAUUUUAUGUUCGCUUUUAAUUAAUUUAAACGAACUUCUAUUAAAUACGUUCCAGGAAAAGUGGGUCUUAAUUAACUAAUUAUUAAGUGCCAAUUGUUAUGAAAGUAUUAAAAUAAAUAAAAAGAAAAUAAGGCUGUUCUAGAAAAUUUCAAAAUAUCAAUGCGGCAAACCACAGAAGACACUAUGAAUACUUUAGCACCACAACAAUAUUGUUUGCGUUGGAAGUAUCACCAUUCAAAUUUACAAGCUAUGUUUUCACAACUUUUAGAAAGAGAAAGUUAUUGUGAUGUUACGUUAGCUUGUGAAGGAAAAACUUUAAGGGCACACAAGGUUAUGCUUUCAGCAUGUAGUACUUAUUUUGAUACAAUAUUAUCACAACAUGAUGAAAAUAAAGCAAUAGUCAUUUUGAAAGAUGUGAAAUUCUCUGAUAUUCAAGCUUUAGUUAGCUUUAUGUACAAAGGAGAAAUAAAUAUUGAAAAUACUGAGCUUUCUUCAUUAUUAAAAACUGCAGAAGAGUUAAAAAUAAAAGGGUUAGCUGAAGUUUCUUGGAGAUCAGACCAAGAACAGCCAAGUCAUACAUACACUACAACCACAACCCCUACAACUAAUGAACCUAAUAUAAGUAAAAAAAGAAAAUUAGAGGCUUUACAUACCACUACUAAUAUAAAACAAGAAUUUAUAGAAAAAUCUAAAGAAAGUAUUGAUGAUAUGGAUGGAGCAGAUGUUGACGAUGGUUCUGAACCUGAUCAAUCAAUUUGGGAACCAGAAAUGCAGCAAGUAAUUGAUUCAGAUAGUUUAGGCCAUUCAAAAGCAAUGGGAAUUUCAGAAAAUGUAACUUCAUACACAUCUGAAGAAGAAAAAGGAAGUAGUGCUACUAAUAUAAGUCAAGGUUUUAGUGAACAGCCUUCCCAUGUUCCAGACUUAAGUCAAUUCUCUGAUGUAAUGAAAAUGAAUGACUAUCUAGAAUCAGGUGGUCGUCGCCCACAGUUUUGGGAGGAACCUUUUACAAAACGUUUAAUGGAGUCAAUAAAAAAUAAAGAACUUGAAAUGAAAGUAGCUGCAGAGCUUAUGGGAGUAUCAUAUGGUACUCUCUAUGGUAGAUACAGAGAUGCUUAUGGUUGCUUAAAACACCCUUAUAGAGUCCGGGAUUUUUGGUUAGAACAAGGCCCAGCUGAUGUUUUAGCUAAGUUACAGCGAAAAGAACUUACCCUGUUCAGAGCCGCAGAAAUUCUUAAUGUCACUGUUACUACUUUGGCAAAUUAUUUGUCUACCAUACGGCAAGGUGACAAUCCACUGACAAUGUCCACUGCCAAUGUAAAUCCUUCUGAUAGGUCAACAAUCAAUGUUGAAGGCAUGAUGUCAGAAAGUGAUAGAGAACAAGACUCAGAUUAUGAUAAUGAUAAUAAAGAUGAUGCUAAUAUUUUAAAAACUAGUAGUAGCUCUCAAUCUCAACAAAAUAUACCAGAUAUAUCUGUUGUUCAUACUCCAGGUGUAAUGUCAAAAGUUAACAACCUAAAUGGAUUGUUAUUAAUUCAAAAACUGAUAACAACACAAUCGUUCUAAUAAUAUUUAUUUGUUAUGGAAAAAAUAUCUUUAUUGAAGACUUGAAAAACCGAAGACUAGUUGAAAAUAUUUUUUAGUUAUUUAUGUUUAAAAUUUAUUU